AAACCGCUCAGAGUGCACACUGGUGUCGGACGGAGGGAGCCGAAAGGAUGGGAAAUGUAAUAUAAACGUUGUUGGGGAAAAGUCUGUACAGGCAGUGCGAGGGUGCCAGAGAGCAGGAGUAGAGAUUGCUGUGAACUUCUGAGUGAAGAUGGCCUUCUUUCAGAACAAUUUCUGGGGGGAGAAGAAUGCCGGUUUUGACGUGCUUUACCACAACAUGAAGCAUGGCCAGCUGGCAACCAAGGAGCUUGCUGAGUUUGUCCGUGAGAGUGCUGCUAUCGAGGAGACGUACUCCAAAUCAAUGAGCAAACUGGCAAAGAUGGCAAGCAAUGGAAGUCCACAGGGGACUUUUGCUCCCAUGUGGGACGUGUUCCGGGUUUCUUCAGACAAACUGGCCCUCUGUCACCUCGAGCUGAUGAGAAAGAUGAACGAUCUAAUCCGGGACAUCAACAAGUAUGGAGACGAGCAGGUCAAAAUUCAUCGCAAGACAAAGGAGGAGAUGGUGGGGACAGUGGAGGCGGUGCAGGCGGUGCAGGUUCAGAGCGGUCACCUUCAGAAGUCAAAGGAGGGAUACCAUGGCAAGUGUUUGGAGCUGGACCGGCUGAGGAAGGAAGGAGCUCCGCUGAAAGAACUGGAGAAAGCAGAGAUGAAGUCUAAGAAGGCGGCCGAGUCGUUCUCAUUGUGCAUCGAGAAGUACAACCGUGUGGGAGGAGAGUUUGAGCAGAAGAUGAGCGAGUCGGCCCAGAAGUUUCAGGAAAUUGAGGAGGCCCACCUGCGUCAGAUGAAACAGCUGAUCAAAGGUUACUCCCACUCAAUAGAGGACACCCAUGUUCAAGUAGGACAGGUCCACGAGGAGUUCAAGCAGAAUGUGGAAAACAUCGGCAUCGAUAACCUUAUCCAGAAAUUUGCAGAGCAGAAAGGCACGGGCAAGGACAGGCCAGCUCUGGUUGGUUUUGAGGAGUACAUGACAGCUCCUGAAGGUGGGAAGAAGAGUCGCGCAAAAGCCUUCAGGAUCCCCGGGCUCGGCAAGAGGGACAAGGAGCCAGACUCUACAGACUCAGCUGUGACAGAAGCACUUAAUUCACCCCUGGACGUAGACGAUGAAGGAUUUGUCAUCCGAGCUGAUAGUACUCAGAACGGCUGCUCUGAGGAGAAGGACAACAACUUUUACUCCAGUGACUCAGACUUCGAUGAUGAGGAGCCGAAGAAGUUCCACAUCCAGAUCAGACCAGUCGCCAGCAGCAAUCGCAGUAACUCUGCUGCCACGGAGAAAGAGCUGAAAGCCACCAUCGGGGCGCUCACCCUGCCUCCAAACAGAGCAGUUCGACAGCAGGUGUCAGUCAAGCGGCAUCUCUCCCGAACCUCGAGUACAGCAGGAGGUCGCUCAGAAGAGGGCGAGGGAGCCUCCCACAGGGAUGGAGAUCAGGAGGGCCUACGCAGGUCCACCUCCAGUCCUGAUCACAGCAGGCUGAGUUCGACUGUGUCGGGUUCAGACAGUCUGUUUGGUCCUCCGCUUGAAUCAGCGUUCAAGUCCAAGAGCUUUGAUGGUCGUGAACAUCUCAGAGAGCAGAGCGCGUUUGGAGUUUCUGAAUAUGCUGCCUUCUCGUCAGACUCCUCCUCUCCGGAGAAUGUUGAGGACUCUGGCUUGGACUCACCUUCCCAUCAAACCCUGGGGCCGUCUCCUGAGCCGGUGGGUUGGGCCGCUUGGCCUCCCGUGACACAGAGUAAAGAACAGACUCAGACGCUGGGACGACCUGCCGAUCCUUUCCUCUCUGCUUUGCGGGACCCCUCCCCUGGUUGGAGUCCUCACCCACAGGAAGACCCUGUUAGCGUCUGGUCCGUCGCCCCUUCUCGUCCCUCUCGUGUCCCCCAAGACAUGGACCCGUCAUCCACCCGGUUCCCUGCUUUCCCCCAGUCCCUCCCGCCACCUGAGAUGGAGUCAUCAGUGUGGAACUGUAAACACAUCCCCCCUGAGGACCCCUUCCUCGCUGCAUUUGAUAGAACUGUCACCCAGGAGACCAUAAACCUGUCUGACGCUUGGUCCCGCCCACCACCUCGUCAAAAACAGGAGGGGAGGGGGAUAGAGGUGCGAGGGGAUCCGUUCUCCAUGACUCUCCCCGACACCAAGAAAUUCCCAACCUCCUCUUCAUCCUCCUCUUCAUCCUCCUCUCACCGUAAAGACAGAGACAGGAAGCGGGACCGCAGCCUCCCGCCUCCUGUUACAUCUGAUGACCCGUUUGCGAUCACAAUGAUUGGCAGCCCGACACACCAGUCGUCAAUGGCUGCAGCAGCUGGUUUGAUCCCUCCACCCAGCAGUAGCAGCAGCAGCAGCAGCAGCAUUGUUGGCGUUAACAACAACAACAGACUCGGACUCGAAGCUAACUCGAGCUCUUUGCCCACGACUCAGCCCAAGAAGGAGCUGAUGCACUGGAACUCUCUCCACAACCCGUUCAGUGAAGGAGUCUCCAAAACACAGGAGGGAGGAGGGAAAGGAGACGGAGGAGCUGGAGGAGAGAGGAGGAAACAUCGAUCAUCAGAAAGUGAGCCACGUCGGAAUGCCCCUCCACUCACGAGGCAUUCAGGACCGCAGGAGGAUCUGUGUUUCUCCACAGACAAAGAUCAGGACUGCCUGGAUAUAAACUCUCAGAUCCCGUGCGGCGUUAGCUCCCACAAAGGGUCCAAGCACAACUUCCGACAGGAGACGACUGAAGUGGUGUCAGCUGCUCCUCAGAGAGCGACCCGAGCCAAGAGGACUUCGAGCCGACUCAGCGGCUGUGAGAGAUCCCGCUCUCUAUGCUCCUCCCCGCUGCCGGAGCCCAGCCCUUCCCUCACCUCCUCCUCCUCCUCCAGUCCCAGUGAGUGGGGGCCUCAGGCCAGGGACACUGACUGGGUGGGUCAGAACCAAGCUCCAAGUCCUGCCAGACCAGGACAAGUCUCACCGCUGCCCUUCCAGCACCAGGACCACCAACAAAGGCCGUUGCACCUCUCCCGAGGUCCCAGUCCCAUCUCUCUGAGCACACAGGAGGCCUGGCCCGUAGCAGCAGCCAUAACUGAGUAUAUUAACGCCUACUUCAAAGGUGGACAACACAACCGAUGUCUUGUGAAGAUCACAGGCGACCUGACUAUGUCCUUCCCUGCGGGCAUCACUCGCAUUUUCACAGCAAACCCCAAUGUUCCCGUGCUCAGCUUCAGACUGGUCAACAUCUCAAAGAUCGAUCACUUCCUGCCAAAUCAGAAGCUGCUCUACAGCGACCCGUCUCAGAGUGACCCAGACACCAGAGACUUCUGGUUCAACAUGCAGGCCCUGCAGCUCUUUCUGCAGAGGGAGGCUGAACUCAACCCUCAGGCCUCGUACUACAACGUCGGCCUUCUUAAAUAUCAGGUGUCGUCUCAGGACCCGGGUCGGGCUCCCCUCCUGCUGUCUGCAGAGUGUCAGCGCAGCGGCACAGUGACCCGGGUGUCCCUGGAUUACCACUGCUGCCCCGCCACUGCGCCCUCCACCCAGCUCACCGCAGUCCAGGUGCUGCUGCCGCUAGACCACACGGCCACCGACCUGCAGUGUCAGCCUCCUGCGUCCUGGAACGCUGAAGAAAGACGGCUACUUUGGAAACUCCCGAACCUCUCCCCGACCAACCACAGCAAAGGCUCAGGGACUCUGUGUGCCAGCUGGCAGUGCCUGGAGGUCCCCCGUGGCCCUCCACCCAGCCUGGCUGUUCAGUUUGUUGGCUCGGGGGCCUCUCUGUCAGGCAUGGAUGUGGAGCUGGUGGGCAGCCGCUACCGCAUGUCACUGGUUAAGAAGAGAUUCGCCACAGGGAAGUACAUGGCAGGCUGCUCCUUGUGAAUCGUGUAAAUGAUCCUUGCUGUGGGGAGUCCAGAGGUGAAAGGUGAAGACGGGAUUCAUUGUUAAAUAUACAAACUGAAGAUGAGGCGACCUUGACUCAGACUGACACCUCAGCGCUGAAGGACGUGCACCUCCUUCUGACGGUGUCCUGCUGUUUUAGGACCAAGCUUUCUUUUCCUCUUGUUCUCCUCUAAUUUGAGUUGUGUUGACUUUUUCUACUGAAUCAUUUCAUUGUGUUUUCAAACUACACACUAAGCUAGACGGCAGAAAAGAAAAUGUGUGCAUAAUGCUAAGAAUAUUACUGGAACCAUGAAAACUAGGAUUUUUUAAAUUAUGUAAAUAUGGUAUUAAGAAAAUCUCUAGAAUAACUUAAAAUAUUGAACAAGCCACUUGUACUAAACCUUAGUAAAAUAAAGUGUUUGUAAAUCUGCUGUUUGUUCCAAAUCAAGGUUUUGUGAUGUCAUUUGAUACAAAUAAAUGUUCUCAAACUGC